AUCGUUAACAGCAGGCGGUGAUCCCCAAAUGCAGUUUCGAGGUUAAGUCGUCCUGUGUUGUUAGUCCAAACAAACGUGCUUAACGUUGGUUAAGUCAUCGACAGUGUCUGACGUUUUAUCUGCUGAAUUUAGAAUGGAAGGAAAACAACGUAAAAACAAACGGGGUCAAAAGAAGAAGAAAGUUGAGCUGGUUUUUGACCCAGAAGCAAGACGAGAAUUUUUGACGGGCUUUCGAAAAAGAAAGCUGGAGAGGAAGGCCAAGUUUCAAGAGGAGCUGCAGAAAAAGUUGAAAGAAGAACGGAAACGGAUAAGAGAAGCGGCCAAAGAAUCGUACAAGACCAUGGUAAAAUCCCAUUCAACAAUUCCUGAAAUAGAACAUCUUCUUAAAGAAGAACAUGAUCUCGGUACUCACUCUGUUGAAAUUGUAGAGCUAUCCUCUCAAGCCCUAGCAAAGGAAAAUAAUUGGAUUGGUGCUAAUAAUUCAUCGUAUGCUGUAAAAGAGGAGCCCAGCAAGGAAGAAAAUGAUGGCGCUGAGUCUGAAGUGGAGUUGGUCCCUGGAAUGGGUCUCAAGAGAAAAGUCAAGAAGAAAAUCAAACAAGAGUCAAAAUCGGAAGAUGAAGAAGAAGAAGAAGAUAAGGGACCUGUUUUUAAUUCAGCUAAAGAGCUUAAAAAGGUAAUUAAGAAAGAAGCAACAAGAAGCGUUAAAAAAAGCAAGGUUUAUCAAAUGAAAAACAAACUGGACAAAAUCAAAAGCAGGAAAAAGUCACAAACAAAGAACAAAAGAAUAUCAAAGAUCAAAGAGGGUGGGAAAAAGGGUAAACGAAUCAAGCGGGCCAAUGCUAUCAGAGGUUCAAAGCAGGCAAUGGGCAGGAAUUAGACAUUUUUUCAAAAUUAUAGGUACCAACUUUUGUUUAAAUUUGUAUAGAAUUAUGUAUGUAAUGUAAAAUAAAUUGAAACCAUUUAAAAAUAAACUUGACAAAGAAAAUGCCA